GAAUUUUUUUAAAGGUGUUACUCCCUAAAGUCAUUUGGAAUAAAACUCUUUAAGAACCUCAAAAGUAAAAAUGUCUGCUUCUCGUGAAGAUUCCGUAUACUUGGCCAAAUUGGCUGAACAAGCUGAAAGAUACGAAGAAAUGGUUGAAAACAUGAAGGCUGUUGCUUGUUCUGGUCAAGAAUUGUCCGUCGAAGAAAGAAACUUAUUAUCAGUUGCUUAUAAGAACGUGAUUGGAGCCAGAAGAGCCAGUUGGAGAAUUGUAAGUUCUAUUGAACAAAAGGAAGAAGCAAAGGGUAACAAGUCCCAGGUUAACUUGAUCAGAGAAUACAGAAGCAAUAUCGAAACUGAAUUGUCCAAGAUUUGUGAAGACAUUUUGGAUGUGUUAACCAACCACUUGAUCAAUUCUGCUCAAAGUGGUGAAUCUAAGGUCUUCUAUUACAAGAUGAAGGGUGAUUACCACCGUUACUUGGCUGAAUUCACCAUCAGUGAAAAGAGAAAGGAAGCUGCUGAUUUAUCCUUGGAAAGUUACAAGGCUGCCAGCGAUGUUGCUGUUACUGAAUUGUCUCCUACCCACCCAAUCAGAUUAGGUUUAGCAUUGAAUUUCUCCGUGUUUUACUAUGAAAUCUUAAAUUCUCCUGACAGAGCCUGUCAUUUGGCUAAGCAAGCUUUUGACGAUGCUGUCGCUGACUUGGAAACUUUAUCAGAAGAUUCUUACAAGGAUUCUACUUUGAUUAUGCAAUUAUUAAAGGAUAACUUAACCUUGUGGACUGACUUAUCUGAAGCCCCAGUUCAAUCUGAAGAACAACAACAAGAUUUAAAGAAUGAUGAGGAAUAAAUGUGUUUGUAAAUGCCCCAAGUUUUUUGGUUUGUUUACUAGUACAUUUCUUCUGUAACUAAAUUAUGCUAUAUAAUUAUUUCUUUUUAUUGUUUGUUAUGUUUUAUUAGUUGUUGAGAAGCUAGAAACCUGAAUAUAUAUCAAGGUGAAAAUU